AUGUCUAACACUACAGUUACUCUAUUUGUAAAUCCGUUUACAACAAUAUCAGAAUCAUCAACGUUUGCGACACAAAAUUCAACAUUUCCUACAAGUGAUACGUCUUUACCAGUGUGGACAGGAUUUGUCGGAUGUCUUGUGGCAUCACUAUUUUUCGGUAGCAAUUUUGUACCGGUGAAACAGUUUUCAGCUGGGGAUGGUUUCUUCUUUCAGUUUUGUUUUUGUGUUGCUACAUGGAUUAUUGGUCUCAUUACCGAUUUAAUUGUGGCUAAUAAAAGAUUUUAUCCACUUGUUCUCGUUGGAGGAAUUCUAUGGACAACUGGAAAUCUUGCAACGGUAUUUUGUAUCAAAACGUGUGGUUUGUCCGUUGGAUUGCUCAUUUGGGGUACAACUAGUUUAAUUGUCGGAUGGGCAGGAGGACGCUUUGGCGUUCUCGGUCUUAAGGCACAAGUACCGACCAGUACUCCGAAACUGGCGAUGAACUAUAUUUCCGUUGUGUUUGCUGCAUUGAGUGCCGUAUUUUUUCUAUUUAUUAACUCUGAAAAUACUCCACGCCGCUCUCCAAGCUUUUCGAUAAAAGAAGAUGACAAAACAGCUGAUAAAUUGUCAGAAGGAAAUAAUAUGGUCAUGACAGUGGUGGAAUAUCCAAGAGAUGAGGAUUUUCCAUUUUUGAAUCGUUUAAGUCGACUACAGCAGAAAAUUCUUGGUUAUAUAUUAGCAGCAUUAGCCGGUGUUUUUUACGGUAUAAUGUUUAUACCCGAUUCAUAUAUAAGAGAUCAUCCAGAAGAUUUCCAACGAAAUGGCGAAAAUCCAGCAUCAAAUGGUUUAUAUUAUGUAAAUUCUCAAUAUUCUGGAAUACUCUUAUCAUCUACAUUUUACUUUAUUGUUUAUUCGGGAUUAAAGCGAAACAAACCAAGUAUCAAUCCGUCCAUUUGUUUACCAGCAAUGGUAUCCGGUACAAUGUGGGCAAUAGCAAAUAUUGGUUUUAUUGUUGCCAUAUCAGCUUUAAAACAAGCGGUGGCCUAUCCCAUCGUUAGUGUUCUUCCGGGCAUUGUCACCUCUCUCUGGUCGUUGUUUUUUUUCCGGGAAAUAAGCGGAAGAAGAAAUCUCAUAUUCUUGGGUAGCGGUAUGGCGCUGCGUUGUUUAGCCGCAGUAUUAAGCGGACUUUCAGCGUAA